AUAAAGAAAGAAGAGAAGAUAAGUAUGUACAGCUAUCUCAUUGUGCCAAGUUUGAGGUUCAAACGCCUUUUCUCCUUCUCUGUGAGGACGCUCAGACGAUCAAGGCAUCUGAUCGUCCCAUCGCCCAUCGCCUAUCUACCUCCGACAACAAAUCUGCUCAACCUCCUCCCUUCCCUUGUCUCGAAUGGCUCCUGAAAUGGCUUCCUCAAUACUUGCAAUGUACUUGUCACUGUCGGAGAGCCGCUGCAGGAGGACAAAUGACUCUAUUGAUGUUGGGCUGGUGUAGAAGCACAUUUGCCUCGACUCCUCAUCUGGGUUUCCUUUCAUCGGCACCGUUGGGUUCUUCUUCCACAGUCUCCGUUUCUUCUCCUCGCCCUAGCCCGAGCCAGAAAAUCAAAGCGGUUUCAGUCUCUUCUUCCCAACAAUCGCAAUCAGAACCAGUCCGAUCUCAAAAACCCAUCAGGUCCAGCUUACAAGCUCUAAGUGCAGAGAAAGAUUCAUUGUGCGUUCCAAAUACAGCAGAAAUGGGAGUUCAUAAGGAGCUGGUAACAGAGAGAUAUGCAGUGGUUACAGGUGCAAACAAAGGGAUAGGUCUAGAAAUCAGUCGACAGUUGGCACAGGAAGGUAUUACGGUGAUUUUAACGGCCAGAGAUGAGAAAAGGGGGAUGGAAGCGACAGAAUCACUCAUGAAAUCAGAGCUAUCAAAUGUUGUUUUCCAUCAGCUUGAUGUUCUAGAUCCAGCUAGCGUGGAGUCUCUGGCUAAAUUUGUGGAAACCCAGUUUGGGAGACUUGAUAUACUGGUAAAUAAUGCGGGAGCAUCUGGAGUUGUAGUUGAUGUUGAUGGUUUAAAAGCCUUAAACAUUGAUCCUGUCUCAUGGCUCUCAGGCAAGGCAACCAAUUUGGUGCAAGGAGUGAUACAGCAAACAUAUGAGAAAGCAGAAGAAUGCCUUAACACCAACUACUAUGGCUGUAAGAGAGUCACAGAGGCUCUUCUCCCACUCCUCCAGCAUUCAGUGACGGGAGCAAGGAUUGUAAAUGUGUCUUCACUGAGGUCAGAGCUAAAGAGGAUCCCCAAUGAAGCAAUACGAAGUGAACUAGGUAACUUGGAAACCUUAACAGAAGAAAAAUUGGAUGGAAUACUGCACAAGUUUCUACAUGAUUUAAAAGAAGGUGCACUUGAAGCCAAUGGAUGGUGCACCAUGUUGCCCGCUUACAGCAUCUCCAAGGUCACACUGAAUGCCUAUACUAGAGUUCUUGCCAAGAAGUACCCCAACAUGUAUAUUAACUGUGUGCAUCCUGGCUUUGUCAACACUGAUCUUAAUUGGCAUACAGGAACCAUGACUGUGGAAGAGGGAGCUAAAGGCCCUGUCAUGUUGGCUUUGCUUCCUAGUGGAGGGCCUUCAGGAUGUUAUUUUGAUCAGACAAAAAUUGCAGAGUUUUGACCUGGUUGCUUAGAUUAGUAACAAGUUGUUAUGAUCUAUUCUAUGCUAGAACCAUCCUACCUGAAUUUGGAAACAGUAGACUAUUGUUUGUCAACAUUGAUCCAAAUUGGCAUACAGGAACUAUGACUGUGGAAGAUGGAGCUAAAGGUCCUGUCGUGUUGGCUUUGCUUCCUAGUGGAGGGCCUUCAGGGUGUUAUUUGAUCAGACAAAAAUUGCAGAGCUUUGACCUGGUUGCUUUAGUAAUAACUUGUUAUGAUUUAUUCUUUGCUAGACCAUCUUACUUGAACUUGGCAACAGUAGACUAUUGUUCGUCAACAGUGAUAUUAUUUGGCAUACAGGAACCAUGACUGUGGAAGAGAGUAAAGGCCCUGUCAUGUUGGCUUUGCUUCCUUGUGGAGGGUCUUCAGGAUGUUA